AUGCGGGCUCGAACCGUUUCAGCUGGGCUGGCUCUCACACGAACACCCUCAACGUCGGUGUGUUCGCAAUGCCUCCUUGACGACUUGCUUUCUACACACAUCACAGCUCAAUCUCGAAAAUAUCAUCCUACUCGCCGACGGGAUAUCUCUCCGAUUGGGGCCGCAGUGUCAGCGGCCCAGACCAUCCUCAAGGGUCUGCCGAAGGCUCCUCCAGGAAUUUCAGUCGACCCGUUGCGAAUUGUCGGCAAGGAGCUGAAAUUCUUGACGAAGAACAUUCGCCAGCUGCUUGGGUCUGGUCAUCCUGCGCUUGACAAGGUUGCUAAAUACUAUACACACAGCGAGGGCAAGCACAUGCGGCCAAUGCUGGUUCUGCUUAUGUCCCAAGCGACAGCUUUAGAUCCUCACAAGGAAGCUUCCAAUCCCUCCAACCCAAGCCCUGUCGAUAAUCCUUUCAGUGCUCCUUCAAUCCUUGAUGAUAGCAACCCCGAUAUGAACCCGCUAGUUGAUAAAUCCGCCGAGGCCAAGUACGACUUUACUGGCGACGACAAAAUUCUCCCAUCGCAGCGCCGCCUGGCUGAAAUUACUGAACUUAUCCAUACCGCAUCCCUCCUCCACGACGAUGUCAUUGAUAGCGCGGUGAGCCGUCGAGCUAACAGCUCGGCUAACAUGGCUUUCGGUAACAAAAUGGCCGUGCUUGCAGGAGACUUCCUGUUGGGACGAGCAUCAGUGGCUUUGGCCCGACUUAGAGACCCCGAGGUUACUGAGCUGAUGGCAACUGUGAUUGCAAACCUCGUCGAGGGCGAGUUCAUGCAGUUGAAGAACACAGCCCGGGACGAGCCUAACCCCGCCUACACGGACGAAACCCUGGAAUACUAUCUUCAGAAGACCUACUUGAAAACCGCCAGCUUGAUUAGCAAGUCCUGUCGGUCUGCUGCUGUGCUCGGUCGGAGUUCCCCGGAGGUUAUCGAGGCUUCGUAUCUCUAUGGCCGUAACCUGGGUCUGGCAUUCCAGCUGGUGGAUGAUAUGUUGGAUUACACUGUCACCGAAGCUGAGCUAGGUAAGCCAGCAGGUGCUGAUUUGGAGCUUGGUCUGGCCACCGCUCCAUUACUGUUUGCUUGGAAGGGCAACGCUGAGCUUGGGCCUUUGGUUGGUCGCAAGUUCAGCAAGGAGGGCGACGUGCAGCGAGCCCGUGAGAUCGUAUACCACAGUGAUGGUGUUGAGCAGACCCGUCAGCUGGCCCAGGAUUACGCUGACAAGGCUGUGGCUGCUAUCAGCGGAUUCCCUGACAGCGAAGCCAAGCAGGGACUGAUCGACAUGUGUGAGAAGACCAUGCGCCGAAGGAAGUAA